UACAUGGAAGUCUCUUUGUAUGAGGGGAAUGAUUUCUUUUUAGAAUGCAUUGUUAAGAAACAUUUGUAGUAUGAAAUGGCAAGAAUCUUAUAGAUACCUACGGCAUGCACAUGCACAUCAUGCAGAACAACAAUAACGAAUUAAGAAACUAUUCAUGGGUUGAUUUACUGAGCUAGGAUUCAUGAACAUCUGCUUUCGUUUGAAAAUUCCAAUACAAUCCAUGCAAGCAAAACCGACAGCCUAGUAGCUGAUUAAACUGUCUAUUUGAAGGGAAAAAAAAAAACACCGACCCAUUUCCAUGCAGACAUAAUAUCAACCUUAUAAAAACUGGCACAAAGGAGCAUGAAAUUAAAGGUGACGGCGGCGGUUGGCGCUCGCGCCAAAAGUGUUUCAACUCCAAUUACUACGCGAAAUAAGGCUACACAACAACAACAACAACAACCUUCACCGCAUUCACAUCACGCAAACAAGACAAUCCUAAGAAGUAUUUCGAUUUUUUUGGCCAGUGGCAAGAGAAAUAGUCAUCAGUCGAGAAACACUUCUGGCUCGACAAAGAAGCGAAGAGGAAAAAUGGAAUCCAAUGGAAAAGUUAAUCCAAAAUUGUUAGAGAGCUUGCGAAGAAAAACUCGAUUUUCAAAAGACGAAAUUGAUGCACUUUAUAGAAUCUACAAGAAAUUGGUUUCCAACUGUCAGUAUGCAGCUAAAGCUUUAGCUGCUAAUUCUUCAAGUUCAGUCAUCGCAAAGCCGCACUCUACAGUUGAGGGCAUCGACAGGAUAAUAUUCCGAGAACUUUUACACAGCACAUUUGAUAUUGUAACUGAAGAAAUAUUAAUGGAAAGAAUAUUCUGCAGUUGGGAUAAAACACACGAAGGACUUCCUCUUCGACUAGAAGGAUGGUUGAUAGGACUAUCAGUUUUUCUUCGUGGAACAAAAGCCGAGAAAGCUGCAUUUUGUUUUAGAGUUUAUGAUUUAAAUGCUGAUGGAUUUAUAACAAAAGAUGAAAUGUUUACUUUGUUAAAGAAUUGUUUGAUUAAGCAACCUCAAGAUGAAGAUCCAGAUGAAGGUGUGAAAGAUUUGGUGGAAAUAGUUCUAAGGAAAUUUGACGUAGAUAAGGAUGGAAAAGUUUCAUUUGAGGACUUUUUCAAUACAGUUAGUGUGCAGCCUUUAUUGAUAGAAGCUUUCGGGCAGUGUCUUCCUACUGAAAGUGCUAUUGUUUCUUUCUUUUCAACUCUUCAAAUAUAAUGAAUUUAAAACAGUUUUUUUAUACAUACAUAUAAGUAGAUAUCGAUG